AUGUCAACUCCAUCAAGUCCAAAUCCAUCAGGCAAGCCUAUCAAAGUCCGUCAAGCCUGCGACGCUUGUCACAGACGUAAAAUCCGAUGCGAUGGCUGUACGCCUUGUCUUAAUUGUCGGAAUGCUGAGCUAGGUUGUACUUAUUUGGCUGUGCACAAAAAGACGGGUCCGCGCGGGCCAAGGAAUGCGAGGAGGCUUCAGCGACCUGGGGAGAGGAUUCUUCAAAGUCCGAGCCCGGCGCCGGUUCCUGUUCCCGUUCCUGCUUCGCCGGUAAAUGAGGAACUUGUCAUCUUAGCAUCCGAUGUUACUGCCCCACCAUUAAUCGCCGAGGAUUUCUACCCAUCACCACUACUCACCCAUGCGAUUAUCGAAUGGUGUCUCGACGCCUACUUCAAUCAUAAAUAUCCACUCACACCAAUUUUGGAUCGUCAAGAACUCGAAUAUGGCUCAAUGUCAGCAGGAAAGUACAGCCUCAUCGCUUCUUGCUGUGCUAUAAUCGCGUUGUCGCCUGAGAUACUACCGCCAUCAGAAGCUCAAGAUGACAUCACCCUUCCAUCCGCCGACUUCCUUAUGUCAGAGUCCCUUCGUGCAAGGAAGCAUUGCCACGCUGUGGAACACCCAUCUUUGACGCAUAUUCAAACCUCAUUCUUUUUGUAUGCCGCUUUCUUUGCUAUGGAUAAGGAUAAUUCGGCUUGGUAUUAUUUGCAAGAGGCCAUAACGAUGCUUCAAACAUUACGCCUACAUGAAGAAACGACCUAUGAGGAGACCACUGAUCCGUCGCUCGCGGUCUAUGCGCGACGCAUGUUUUGGGUCCUGUUUAUCACAGAGAGAGCGUACGGGCUGCAAAGAAAUCGCCCUAUCAGAUUGCAGGAAACGCUCGACCUUCCAGCUAUCGAUCCUCUAUCGUCAGAUGCCGAGAUUCUUCUUGGAUUUCUCGACCUUAUCUCUCUAUUCCGCCCCUUCGACUCAACCUUCAUCGCGAAUUGGAAUCAAUUGACUCCAUCAUCUUCAGCUGAUUCAGCCAGUCUCUCGCACCUUCAAUGCAUGCUAAAGUACUCGUUGCCGAAUCUAUCAGACUACUCCCAAGUGCAACAAGCAGAUCUCCUCAUAUCACGCCAAUGGCUCAAACAAGUUGUAUGGAAGCUGUGUGCCUCAAAACGAGUCCUUUCCACAGCCAACAGCGACGAUGUCAUGUCACUACACUACCCAGCUACGAUAGCGCGCGACAUUGUUCUCAUAUCUCAAUUAGUUCCUACGCAAGCUUUCGAGGCGAACGGCAUCGGUAUUCUUGAGAAAGUGUUUGAUGUAGGAUGCUCUUUGGCAGACCUCGUAUCGUUGGCGCCGUUGGAGUUCCAAGCGUCAGCUAUGGAUGUCGGUGUUAUGGAUACGUUGAUGGAGAUGGUGAAAAUAGUCGGGUCGAGAUUUGGAGGGGGCUAUCGGCAUUUGAACAUCCUCGUAGAUAAGGCUAGUGGGUGUCUGAUGUUGAAUGUGGAUAGGAGCUUACCUUUGCCCGAGGGAGAGGAGUGUAGAGAGGUAGAUGAGAUUGAGAUUAAGGACUAUGAUCUCUAA